AUGGGCGACGCCGCCAGAGGCCGGCGAGGGUCCUCGGGGCUGGGACAAUCCUCGCUCGUUGGAGACCUAGCGGGUUCGUCUGCGGGUUCGUCUGCGGGUUUGCCUGCCUUCUCUGCCUCUCCUCCUCCGGGUCGCCGCACGCCCCCCCUCCAAAGGCCCCGAAGUCUGCCGGCGGCGGAGACCUUCUGCGGAGGGCCGUUCCAGCCGCCUCCAGACGCCUUUCGCGUGGCAUGCGCCGGAGGCCUCACUUCUCACGGCUCAGCUGCCUCCCGCCGCAAGCCCCCACGAUAUUCGGCGAGGCCGUCGGCUCAGGGCCCUUGGUCCUCAGCCUUCAGUUUCGCUGACACGCCUCAAGCCCCGCCUGGGGCGUUUCAGGCGGAGGGAUGCAGCAGCUCCAAGGCGCGGGGCAACGACAUUGCGGAAGGGGGGUUUUUCAUGGCCUCCGUAAAGCCGUCAAGUUCUUCUGCUUCUUCGCAGUGCGUGUCGCCCCUGCGCAGAGCCGAGGAAGUUGCUGCCUUCGGCUCCACCGGAGCUUCAGUUCGAAUUGGUUCGCAGCCCAGUCUGUGCCUGCGCAGAGACUCGCCUGACAAGGAAGAGGCCCGCAGGCCAGUAGUUCAGUUCGCGGUGCCCCCCGCCGAGCGACAGAGCUCACUGGCCCUUCGCCGAAACAGGAGCCGGUGCGUGAUUCAGCUGAAUCAAAUUGAAUUUUCGAAGGUGGCGCUCGGCAUAAUUCCGGUGGACUCAAUCGGGAAACGCCCUCCGCAGCAAGCUUCGAACGCCGGCGCAUCGUAUUCCUUCACAGACUCCACUUCGCCUCUCCCAGACAGCCUCUCUCGCGUCCACGUACCUUCAUCAUCCGACCUGCAUCUAGGCGAGCCGCGCUGGGUGGCGGGGCGGCGCCGCCGAGUCAGCCGCGGCGACUCGCCUGCCGUCGCAUGUCGCAGCGGCCGCCGAUCUGACACGUCGCCUUCCCCAGAGGCCAUGGAGGAAAGCUGCGAACGUGAGACGCGUACGCUUGCCCACCCCGAGUCCCUCGCCUUCAGUUUGAGGAGGCACUUCGGGGCUCUGCCUGAGAAGGGGCGCGUCGGCGCCUGCCCGGCGCAGACUCCGAGAGCCAGUCUGGGCAGCGCGAACGCGCACGGGUCGCAUUCGGCGGGCGAACUGACACACCCGCGAGGGCCGCGGCAAGCUAGCCAGAGCUUGGCCAUGCCGUCGAAAGUUCAGCAGCAGCUGAAAACCAUCCUGCAGCGGCAGAGAGCCUCCGCCGGCACGCUGGCGGCCGUUCGAGCCGAGUGUGCAGAUCGCUGCUGGCCCCCCCGGGCCUGCGACGACUCCUCCACGCCGACUAGCCUCAGCAGCAGCCGCAGCUGCCUCGCAGCUUCCUCAGAGAUGUCCGCGGAUGCAGCGCGCGCACGGUUGAGAGAGGCCUCUCGAAGGCACUCGGCGGUCGCCGCGCUUCGCGGAGUGGGGCCGCCCUCGCCCGAAGGCACCGCGGCGCACACCCCUCCUGCGAUACCUACGGGGCACGCCGGCAACCGACUCUCUGAGCCCAGUCUCGGUUCUGCGAAGACGAGGCGCGACAAACCGGCGUCUCACGCAAAGCGACAGGAUUCGGAGCCGAGGGAAGAUGCCGAAAUCGAGUUUCUUGCGCAUUUGGGUGGUCCCCCGAAACCCGCUGCGUUCCACUCGCCAGCCGUGCCUCGUUCACGCGCAGGCAGGUGUGAGCCAACGCGAUGCGCAGAGGAGGCGUUGGCGCAGUCCCAAGACGCCGAUCAGGCAGCUACCGCCUCCUCAGGCUUGGUUUCCCCCGCACGGAGACAACAAGCGUCGUCUCAGCGCUGCAGUCAAUCGCAGGCGCCCACUGUUCAGCUGCGCGAGAUGCGAUCCCAAGCGGCGCCGCUGGGAGGUCAGUAUUCCGGCAUCAGCCUCCCGCAGACAAAGAAGGCACCAAUCCUUCGCGGCGAACGGUCUGCCAGACGCGCGUCGACAGUCCGCGUGUCUCCCAAGGACGCCUCGCCCCAAGCGCUUGAGAGUGAAAACGAAAUUUUUUUCGCAAUCAGAGAGCCCUCUCCCCCCACCUGCCGCAGCCCAGGCUGGGCCGUCACCCACAGCGCCCUGCUAGCAACCGAAGAUGCGGUAGAAGCUUCUUGUUUUCUGAAGGCGACGGUGGAGCGCGCCGCGCAUCCGGACCCGCGGGAAGCCAUGAAACACGAUGAUGCCUGCCCGCCUCCUGGGAAGGCCGAUAUCCAGCGCCUUCCAAACGCAUCCGGGGCGAUUGGGACAUCUUGGCACUCCAGUCCCGCGGCUGUACAGGAGCAGAUAUACCCGACGUGUGGGCCUGCACGUCUCGCUGGCGAGCAGUCCUAUUCCUCAAUGCUCCUGCGAGGGGCGGCCGUGGAGAGCGUCCACUGCGCGGGGAGCACCAGCUCUGGACGUUCGCCAAACGUUUUCUUCCUCGCGGAAUGCGUCGAAUCGGGACGUGCCGGCCUGCGCGGGGUUGAGGCGCCCGCAGAGACGGGGGUGGAAAGGCACCUGAGACCCGCCGCGGGAAUGAGUUUACGAACGUCCUUGUCGGCAGACCAGCUUGGUGCGGCGCGAGCGGCGUACCCGCCCGCCCCGUCGGACUGCGAGGGCGCGCCGAAGCAGACGCGCGUGUUUCGUCUCGUGCGCGCGUUCCCCACCAGCGAGUCGACUGGGCAAGAGGAGCAACACGCGUCGUCUGCCGUGGGGCCGCCAGGAUCUGAGAACACCCGCGGCGAAACGCUGGAGUGCUCCUAUGCGUCGUCGUCCAACUGCCAGAGUCGGCAUCCGCCAGCCCUCGAGCCCGGGGGCAGCCGAGGGCUCUCGUCCCCAGGCACGCGACGUCCAAAGAGAGAUGAAGCGAGGGGCCGCGCAGAGGCCUGCGGCGGACAGCGUCUGCGUUCGAGUGGAGGAGGCGCCGAGAAAGCCGCUCGCCGCGUGGGAGAGACCGACGGGCGAGUGUGGGCUCGAGAGAGUGGCCUCAACUCAGCGUGCGACUGCGCGGAGAAAACCCAAGACUCUGCCGUCUGUUCGGAAGCUGAUGUCGUCAAGGAACUCGAGAAGCUCCAGCGCCUGCUGGGCGAGCACCUCGCCGGCGACGCGUCGUCCUCGAUGGCGACGAUUCAACAGAAGAUCCACUGCCUCUGUGAAACUCUGCACCAUCUGCAGCGUUCGGCGAGGCUCGCUCGCGCGACGGAAGCUGUGGAGGAAGCCGCACCUCUGGCGGGCGAAUCACUUGCCGCCGAAAGCGACGGCGGAAUCAUCCAGACACCUCGCUGCCGCGAACUGUGCGAUACUCGCAGAACACACGUGCGGCACCCUUGCGCACGCCUGCGUCCGGCGAGUGGCCUGGUAUCCGCCUCCAGCACCGCGACCGAGGCGCUGCCUCGCUUCGAGAAGCCUUCCCGCGCACUGCCGACGACCGGCCUGAGGACCGCUGCCUGUGCACCAGAUUCGCCCCCAAACUCUGCAGCGGCGGAUGCAGUGAACUGUAGAAAAACCGUCCGAGCGGCGUGCGGGAGUCAAGCUCAGACUGUGGAAUUCUCUGGGAACACUGUCGCGCGGAGCGGGGGGCUCAUCCGGCCAAAGAGCGCCGCGUGGUACGCGAGAGGCGCCUCACGGCGACGCAGUGAACAGUGCAGUGUAACUAUCGCCAGUCUCGCCCGUGGAGGGUCCCGCCUCGACGCCGUCGGGUCGCCUGCAGGCCUGGCAGAGACUAGAUGGCAAGACGCCCCUCUGCACGAGGGAACACGCACUCCAGAUCGAAGAGGGGACGACCCCCUCGGCGGGUCGCCAAAGACGAAGCAGAGUCCUCAAGCCGGCAGUGGAGAUCCGGCGGCGAACCUGACGCGUCUCGUGACGUCUGCCAGGCACAGAAGACAACUCUGCACUGACGCGCCUCUGGAGAGAGGGCUGCGCAGCCGGGGCUUGACUUCUUCUCUCCGAGCUGUGGACCGGUGGGCGCGACAGCCGAGCUUCGCCCAGCGUGGCUCUGUUUCCUCAGCGCAUUCAGAAAGCAGGCGGCAGACGCGCCUCCUGCCGCAGUCGCGGGCCUGUCCUGAUGUGGUUCAGCGUCCUCGAUGCCGUGCGGUCGCGUGCAGAGAUGGAGGGCGCUUGUCCGACUGUGAUACGGGAAGCGUCUCUCCCGGCAUACACCAGAAAACAAGCAUGGGACAGGACAGCGACGCCGUCGAGUCGGAGUCCUUUACGGAAAGCGUUAAAGCAGGCUUGGCAAACCGCAGCGGAUUCGGCACGCGAUCUCGAGCUGCAGCUGUGGAGGACACUUCCCAAGACGCAUGCAAACUCCCGCCUCCAGUAGAUUUCUCCGCAGAGCAAGAGGCCUCAGCGAAUCCCUUUACCUGCUGCCUGGCAGACGUCCGCAGCGUCCGUGACCGGCCCGGUGAAUCACCGUCUUCAGCCGCUAACGCUGCGACCCAGCUGAAGCCGCUGGAUGGAGCGGCGAAAGCCGCGGUUAGCCUCCUUCUCGCUCGAACUUCGUGGAGUCGAUUUGCUUCUGUGCGCCGAUUUGGGCGCCUCAAGGUGAGACGGCGUCUGCGCCGCACGAUGAAAACUUGGAAGAAUCGUGAAGACCGGCCUAAAUCAGACGAAAACUUGCCUCUUGCUGACGGCCUUCGUCCGUCUGCGCUCCCGCGCCCCAGUUGCCCUCUUGGCGCAUGCGAAGGCCAGGCUUUUACGGAAAAAAACUCGCCGCGACCUGGAAGCCACAGCUUUGGCAGCCUCGUGACGACUCUAAAACACGGAUGGGAGACUGCCCUCGACACCCUGGCCGCCCACGCCGCGAGUGCGUCGACAGGAGCUACCGCGUCUGCUUCUGCUUUCCCUGCGCCGGAAGCCGUCGCUUGGCUGGCGCUAUCCGAGCCUCGAGGCCGCUCGCCGGGGCGCCAGUCUGCAAGCAGCGGGGCGAGUGCGCGGGUCGAUCCUAGCGGCGCUUCGCCGACACUCGUGCGGAGCUCUGCUGCUGCUGCUGGCACGGAACCCCUUCCCCUCCCGCAGACACCGCCGGCAGAAAGCCUCGCGCCCUGCGUCACCGACAGAGGCCCUCCCGCCUCACACCAACACUCGAGGGUCGCGCUGCUGGCGGCGUCGCGUGGUCUCGGCGAAGCGCAUCAUGCCCGUGGCGACUGUGCGGUCGCAGCCGGCGGCCGGAACGGGUCGCGGCUUCGCCAGAGCAGAUCAACCGAACUCAAAUCCACGAGCCGGAACUCCUCAGCCGCCAGCGCCUGCGCCGUGCGCGGAGAGAGUCAGCAAAGGCGCGAGCUGCCUGCUCGCGUGGCUGUCCCCAGACUCAAACGCCAGUGGAAGGCGACUCCGCGACGGCGAGGAGCCACCGCCGCGCACCGGCGCCUUAGGCUGUCCGACACUUUGAAGCGAAGAAAGGCGGCGAGCACCGCGAGCCUCCUCGAGCCCCCAGGGAAGUCUGAAGUCGAGGGGGUCUCACAUUCCACGGAAGAAGGCCUGCCGCCCGCAGCAAGGCACGAAGCAGCGCCGGCGCAUAUGCCCGGAUCGCGGAUGGCAGAUCGCGCUGUCGCGCGAGCGCUGCGUCGGAAGGCGUCUCUCUCGUCGUUUCACCCGGCAGGCAGGGACACCGCGGAGGCGGGCGAGGCCCGCAAGAGCCUUGCGAGUGCGUUUUCCAGCGCGGACGUGUCGCCCAGCGGCACAAGCAAGCUCCCAAUCUCCGAGACGUUUCAGCCUCAAAGACCAACGACAGGAGAGCUUGCGAGAGGCUUGCCGCGCCACAUGGCGGAACGAGCUGACCAGCGCUUCGCGAGGGACAAAGCAAAGCCUGGAAAGGUAGUACAGGAAGCAAAGAGGCCGAGCGAGAGACCGGAUGGAAGCUUGAAGCAGGCGACGCACGCGCCCAGCUGUUCAGACGAGUCUGACUUUGAUGCGAACGAACUACAAACACGAAAUAACGGCACCAGGUUCCUCGGGCUGGACGGCAUCGACGACGGCGACUCUGGCGUGGGUGAGGAAGGCGGCGCGGCUGGCGAACGACACCGUAGCGCGUGCGAGAAAGCGGAAGCAGCCUCAGGCGUCCGCCGACCCCAUCUGCCGCCGCGAGGGUCUCCCGAGGCCACAGAGCCCUGCGCGGAGCCCCCCGACUUGGAGUCUCUUUUCUGUCCCUUUGAGGAAUUCUUUGGGAUGCCGGACCUGAUCCCUGCGGAUUGGUAUGGCGAUUUCUCUGAGCGUGGCGCCGUGCAAACGCCACCGGCGAUCUGCGUUGCGACUCCGCCCGCAGCCUCGUCUUCAUCCAGGGUCCCUUCCCUGCUUCUUUCCUCAGAAAUAGCCGACGCGGUGCAGACACGAGGGGCUGCCAGAGAGCCGUCUCACGCACAGCAGCUGCAGACGUUGCAGCUGCAGCGUGAGCACCUCGAGCGGAAGCAUCUGGAGGCUGUUCACGCCCUCCACGCACGGCCAGCGUCGAGCCAAUCUGCGCAAGCGGCGAACGAGGCGGGCGCGGCGUCGCCCUGUUUCAAAACGCCUGAGCUCGAAGCAGACUGCAUGCGGAGCUCGCUGUGGAAUUUUCCUGAGGACUUGAUCGACUUGAUCAGCUCGGUCGAAGACUGCUCGCCCAGCGCGCUGUCGAGGCUCCCGCGGAGCGCCCCGCUGCUUCCCGAGGCGUCUAGCGUUUCGUCGGCCUCUUCUUCUUCCUCCAGCGUCGCCUCCAGCGCCUCUUCGCCCUCCGGCGCGUCGUCGCCCUCUUCUUCUCGCGCUUCUUCCUCUCGCUCGCGCGACGAGACCGCGAGCUCGUCAGAGGACCAGACGCCUCCACACACGCGCAGGGGCCGGCUGGGGGCGCCCGUCGGCUCGGACUCUGAGCAGCGGCAUUCGGCGUGCAAGCUCGCUGUGGAGGUCGGCUCGGAGUCCUCAAGCAGUGAUCAAGCGUCGACAAACGAAGACGAGCUGCCUUCCCGCCGCCGGAAGCGCGCGCCCACGAGGCCCCGAGACUGCUGCGGAACUUGGGGCGAAGGCAAGGCGGCUCCUGCCUCGCAAAUCACGAGUUCUGCGGACUCGCCAACGUCGCGCGGUGAGGACAGCAGCACCGACAGCGCCACCGAGGCCACAGAUGGCAGUCCAGAGCACGCACCCCAGGAGGUAAAUGCAGCAGGGCGCUCCGCGGGGAGUGCCCUCGGCGGCGAAAGCAACACAGCUGCCGCCUUCGUCGCCCCUGUCGCCUGCCCCAGUCUCGCGGCCGAGGCGAUGCCAAGGCGCAACGAGGCCCUCUCGUCGCGCCCUGGGAGAAAAGCACACAGAGCGCUGAACGGCGAGAGAAAGCUCGGGAUGUCUCGGCGCGCGAGCGCGGGUCUUCGCCGCCGGAGCCGCAGCCAGCCGCCGAUGCCGCUGCGUCUCCCGAAGCGCCGAAGUCGCGCCCACCACAGUCGUCGGGAGGAGGGCCUCAAGCAUAGACUUCUGUCACUCGAAAGCUGCUGCAUGAGUCACGACGAGAAUAUGCGCCACUUCGCCCGCAAGAUGCGGCUGACGGACCUCAACAGCAAAGUGGCCUGCGUCGAGCUGACGAAAGCGAAGCGAGCCAUACCGUGUCAGCUCCGCUUCGCCAGCGGCAACAAGGAGUUCUUCAUUAGGGGAGAUGCAGAGCGACCUCAGGACAUUCGAGCUCUGCCCUUCGAGGGGCCUUUGCAGAAGUCGCCGGAACGCGUGGGAGACGAGGCGCCUUGGAGAGAUCUGCGUCUAGGCGCGGUGCUGACGAUUGAGAGCGCGGUUUCGAGCUCUCUGCAGAGGAGGGGGUGGAUCAUGAACCGCCUUCUGGACACGCACUUUUUCGACUUGAAGUGGAAAAUUUCAGACACCGACGACGACUACCGAUGCCUCCGACGCGAGCAACUCUUUAACCACUUUCAGAACAAUAGCGUGCUGACGACCAAGGCGGGGCUGUCGCGGAGCUUUCGGCUCCUCGCCGUCGAGGAGCGAGUGCGGACCGACGCCUUCUUCCCGCGGUGCUACGACCUCAGCACGCUGGACGACUGCGCGGACUUCCUCGUCGAUUACAGCCGCUGCGAGGCGGUGACCAUUCUUCUGCACUACCUGCGCUGCUGCCAAGCCUCGACGCGCGAGUUUCAGAGAGUCAUGCGUGAGCCAGCCCCCGACGUCGCGGUGCGACAGUCCAGCGUCCUCCUUCUCUGGAUGGCGUACCACAUCGUUGCCAGCUGGCUCCACGAACUCGACCCCGACUUCUUCCUCGACAGACUCGACCCCCUCGGCGACAAGCGCAGACACGAUCCGCAGCGGCUGGAGGUCUUCGCGACUCACGCGUGGAGCUUUCGAGCCCACCCAGGCGACUGCCGACGCUCCUGGCAUGCGCUGGCAAAGUGCUCUGAAGGCUGGACUGAAGCGGCGGGCAUCCGCCGCGAGGCAGGCUGCGGUGGCGGGCGCAGGACUCCACCCCGGGGCGCCAGGACUCAGGGCGCGGACGCCGUGGAAGUCCGUGGCUCCCACACCUACUCGCGCGCGCCUUACGCGGCGCAGAUCAUCGCUGUCCUGCGAGAAGUCCAGAAGCGUUGGCCUCUCUGGCGAGCGGAGAGAGGCGACGUGGACUUGGAGGAUUUGCAGGCAUCCGAGAAGAAAGCCGCCAACGCCGAAACCGAGCCGAAUGGACCCCCCCACGAGCCCCGGUGGAGUCACCACAACGUGUGGAUCAUGAAGCCUUCCAGCAACUCGAGGGCAUCUGGAAUCUACUGCCUCAACAAUCCGUGGGAUAUCUUGAAGUCAGGAAGGGGGCUGAGCGAUCGCCUUGUGCAGAAGUACGUGGAGCGGCCGCUUUUGCUCUUCGCCGGAAGGAAGUUUGACAUGCGUCAGUGGGUCUUUAUUCGGAGUUUUUCUCCGCUCAAGGUCUACGCGUUUACCGACCUUUACCUGCGUCUCUGCACCGAGGCAUACGACCUGCGAGACUUGCCCAACCGCUUCCGGCACAUUAGCAACUGGAACCUGAACCGCCUCAACAGCGACGCGCAGGGGCUGGCGAGCCGCGCGCAGGCAACUGCGGGCGACUCUGAGGAAAGCUAUCUCUCCUCCCCAUCAACCGCGAUCUCUUCUGGCUGCAUCAAGCCCCUUGCGGACCUCGAGCUGGCGUUAGAUCGCCAGACGGGGACCCUCGACUUCUGGGAUCGCCAGGUGAAGCCUCAGAUCCGCAAUCUAAUCCUGCAGACAGCUCGAGCCGCCCGGCCGAGUGUCGUGUCGCGGCCCAACUGCUUCGAGCUCUACGGCUUCGACAUUCUGCUGGACGCCGAGUACAGGCCUUGGCUGAUUGAGGUAAACCUGAGCCCUGCCUGCGCGGCGAUCGUCCCCUGGCACAAGCAGAUGGUGUCUUCAAUGACGCACCAGCUGCUCCAGCUCCUCCUCGACGAGCCUCGGCCGCCGACGCAGGCCCCCAGCUCCUGCGCGCAGCCGCGCUCUAGACCCUACUGGGAACUGCUGUUCGACGAGUCUGUAGCUCCCGCGGAUGCAGUACGCACCUUCCCGCCCAUCGAGCCCGCGCAGCCUGGCGCGCCACCCUCGGCAGAGGCUCGGAACCCUUUUCUUCAGUUCUACAGUCAACACUUUAGCGCGGCCUCGCUGUCAAAACGGCGGGCUAGUUGUCCGCGGACUAGCACACACCUAGGCGCUCCAUCUUGUUCCACAGAGCGACCCUCGGGCCCCUGCGGAGUCGCCAAGGGCACUCGAGGCCCCAGCGCCAGCGGGAAGAUGCCGCUGUGGGACAAGCUGCUGGUGAUAGGCCAGCGCCUCGACAGACAGCAGGCGUGGGAGGUCGACACGCGGGUCCGAGUUUGUGAAGCUGCGCGUCGUAUCGCUGUCUGGUGGAGGCGCACUGCGUGGCGACGCCGCGCCGCAAGGCGCCUGAAAGUGAAGCUACACGACGAUAUCGAGCUGGACGUCUGUUUCGCGACCUGA